UUUUGCUUCAACCAUUUUGCAACUCGCCGAUUGUACUUUGUACUCUAAUAAAAUUGCGAAAGAUGUCAAUCUCCCCUCAAAAUGCCAUCACGAUCUUCUUCAACGUCACUCCAGACAAUGGGCAAUGCUUCAAUCCACCCGAAGUAUUUCUCUGGUUCAUAUCCAUGACCGUAAUGAGCUGUACCUGGUCUCUCUUAUUCGGGAGUCUCGAUUUUCGGAAAAUAUUACGACAUGUCCAAAUCCCCCUUUUCGAAGACAAGUCAGCGAACUUCUUUAUCAGCCUGACCGGGAGUCUUGUAUGGAACAUCGCCAUGAGUGUUCUGACAGCAUACAUCUUGACUACAGGGGGACUCGCCUCCUCAGCACCUUUGCGCUACCUUCUCAUGGCAUGGUUCUGUCGUCCUUUGCCUGGAGCAGCCACUUUGCCUACAAGUUUGUUCGACUACAACGCCUUUCGAGCAAACAUCCAAGAAAUAAUUGUCGUCGAGUCCAUCUACGCACUUCCACCUAUCUACCUCUUCGGCACAAUUGCGAGCGAGUCAAUCCAUUUUGGUGUUCAUGCGAAAUACUAUCUCGCACAAGAUAAGCACUACCACUUUGGAUUUGCUUUGCUUCGCGGCGGUGCUGCCGUCGAUCUCCUGGCUUGGAUCCUUCUUAUAUUCGUACUGGGGUCGAUUGUCUUUGUGCUGAUGGAAGAGGGGAUAUCAAAAUCUUUGGCGAGAAAGGAUGAUAGAAUCACAUGGACUCUCCUGGCUCUGUGCGUGCUGAGAUUUUUGGGUGGUGGGUUGCUGUGGGUUGGAAGUGUGCAGUUGUCUCCGGCGAACUUCUGUCCGACAAAGUCGAUGAUUACGAAGAUCACGCUUCUCUGGACCUUUGUGCCGUUGGUGGAUGUUCUGUGGAGGGGAGUUUGGGGAGUUGAGCAGCAGGAAAAUGGUAGAGAAGGAAGAUACGACUAACAUUCUUGUAUCCUCACUAAGGAGAUAUGGCAUUUUCAGAAACAAUAAAAGAACAUAUGAAUACCAUUGAUUGAGCUUCGGCGUUGUGGGGCAGUGUGGAAUCAUAACGAAGGACUACAUGGCUCCUCCAAUAACCCGAAUAACACAAUGCACUGUAGCCUCAUCCUGCAAACCAUAAUCCAACAAAGAAUUUCCUUCCUUGAGCUGUUUCCCCUUGUAAAUAAUUCUCAAAUGCUCAGGAUCGACCCCCUGUCUCGAAGCCACCUUCUCGAUGAAAACCUUUACAGGCAUUCCUAGCUUCACAGGGCCCACGUUCAUCGGCCGGCUCUGAUCGACAUCUAGAGCGAAGAUUGUUCUCAGUUCUUCGCCUGAGAACCCCGCUUCAUCGUAAGAUGGGAGCUCGGAAGGGGCUUCCACUACAGUUGUGCGUGAAG